AUGUAGGAGGAUCUAGGAGUGUAUGUACGUACUCGUCAUAGGUGCAGCUUGCACUCUGACCCUCAAGAACAGAAUGGGAUGGCGGAAGAUACUGGCUGUUGGUCUGUUGAUUGGUGUUGCUGCAGUUGCCUGGGAGUGGAAAUCAUCUGUGAACAUUGAAGAAUUUUACAAGGGCAAGAGAGUUGUUCUGACCGGUGCUUCCAAAGGAAUAGGAAAAUCUUUGGCAAUACAACUCUCUAAACGAGGAGCUAAGCUGGUUAUAGCAGCUCGUACAGUACAAAAGCUAGCUGACACACAAUCAGAGUGCUUAAAGAAUACCCCACACGUACACACUGUGAGGGCGGAUGUGUCCAAGGAAGAAGACUGUAGAGCCAUCGUCGAUAAAGCCGUGGAAGAGUUCGGAGGUGUGGACAUCCUUAUCUUGAAUGCUGCAUAUUCUCCAAAUCCUCAGUGGUUUUCUGACUAUGAAAAACCUGCAGAGAAGUUCUCUAGUGUUUUGGGAGUGAACUUGUUGCAAAGUGUUCAAUUGGUUCAUUUCUCCCUAUCCCAUUUGAACAAGAGCCAGGGGAUAAUAGUACCAGUGUCUUCCGGAGCAGGUAUUGCCGCUAUCCCGAAAGUGUCGGCAUAUGCAACCAGCAAACAUGCUCUACAUGGCUAUUUCAAAGCUCUAAAUCAAGAGUUCAUUCUUACCAACACUCCUGUCUCCAUCACCAUCAUGCCCCUCCCUUAUGUACUGACAGAGACGGCCGUCACCAACUGGAAACCAAUCGGAACAGGAGAUGGGAUAACAGCCGAGGACUGUGCUGAUCGCAUGUUGCAUGGCAUUCCCAAAAGACAGCUGUGGUACUAUGUGGACUGGACACUGUGGUUUAUGGGCCAUGUAUACUCUCUCUACCCAGAGUUCUUCGAUGUAUUUACUAGGCUCCACCUCAGUAGAACAAGUUAUUUGUUUUCUUGAAGUAUAACGUAGACACAUGUUUACUAGAUACCACCUCAGUAGGACAAGUUAUUUUGCUUUUUUUAGUCUGUAUAUAUACUAUAGCGCGAAAUUUUCGAGGCACUUA